AUGUCAGUACCCCACUCGGAAGUCGCCUCGAUGAAGUCGGGAAUGUCCAAGGACGAUGCACCAUCAAUGGAGGACGUCCCCAUCGAGCCGAGCAAGCAGAGCCCACCCGAGCAGCCUGCAUUCAACCCCAACUGGCGCUUCUACGUCGCCUUCUGCUCGCUCUCCGUCAUCACUCUGAUGGCUGCCCUCGAUGCCACCAGCAUCUCCGUCGCGCUCUCGAUCAUGGCCAAGCUCCUCAAAGGCUCCGCCAUCGAAGCCUUCUGGGCCGGCACCUCCUUCCUCCUGACCUGCACCGUCUUCCAGCCCGUGCUGGGCUCCUUCAGCGACGUCUUCGGCCGCAAGCCCAUCAUCUUCCUGUCUCUCGCCCUCUUCGGCGCCGGCGCCAUCGUCUCCGCCGUCGCCAACAACUUCACCGUCAUCCUCGUCGGCCGCAGCAUCCAGGGCAUCGGCGGCGGCGGCAUCAUCGUCCUCACCGAGAUCGUCGUCACCGACCUCGUCCCCCUGCGCGAGCGCGGCAAGUGGUUCAGCCUCAUCAGCGCCAAUUGGGCGCUGGGCACCGUCUUCGGGCCCCUCCUCGGCGGCGGCUUCGCCGAGAAGGUCAGCUGGCGCUGGAUCUUCUGGAUCAACCUGCCCUUCAUCGCCGUCGGCGUCCCCCUCGUCGCCUUCUUCCUCACCCUCCACUUCAAGCCCACCUCGCUCCUCCACAAGCUCGCCCGCAUCGACUGGCCCGGCGUCGUCGUCUUCGUCGCCGCCACCACCGGCCUGCUCAUCCCCAUCACCUGGGGCGGCGUGCAGUACGCGUGGUCGUCGUGGCGCACGCUCGUGCCGCUCCUCGUCUGCGCCGCCGCCCUCGUCGGCUUCGUCGUCUACGAGGACCGCUACGCCGCCAACCCGCUCAUCCAGACGCGCGUCUUCAAGAACCGCACCGCCGCCUCCACCUUCGCCCAGACCGUCCUGCACGGCCUCGUCCUCUGGUCCGAGCUGUACUACGCGCCGCUCUACUACGAGGCCGUCAAGGGCUACUCGCCCGUCCUCGCCGGCGUCGCCCUCUUCCCGCAGACCUUCACCGUCGCCCCCGCCGCCAUGGCCGUCGGCUUCCUCAUCGCCCACACGGGCCGCUACCGCUGGGCCCUCUGGAGCGGCUGGCUCCUCACGACCUUGGGCCUCGGCCUCCUCGUCUACCUCGACGUCGACACCCCCGCGUCGUCGUGGAUCCCGCUCAACCUCGUGCCGGGAGUGGGAACGGGGAUACUUUUCCCCUCCAUGGGCAUGGCCGUCCAGGCCGCCAGCGCCGCGCGCGACCAGGCCGCCGCCGUCACAAUGUUCGCGUUCCUCCGCGCCCUCGGCCAGACGCUCGGCGUCGCCAUCGGCGGCGUCGUCUUCCAGAACCAGAUUCGCCAGCGGCUGCUGCGGUUCCCGUUGCUGGCGUCGAGCGCGGAAAGCUUGUCGCGCGACGCCAGCGGCCUCGUCGAGGUGAUCAAGAGCAUGGACGACGCGGAUCCCGCCAAGGGGCAGCUCAAGGAGGCGUACGUCUACGGCUUGCGCCGCGUGUGGGUCGUCAUGUGCGCGCUCGCGGCCGUGGCGCUCGUCGCGAGCUUCUUCGUCGAGGGCCUGCCGCUCGAUCAGGCGCUGGCGACGGAGCAGGGGUUCAGGAACGAGGGGCACGAGGGGGUCGGGGGGGUCGAGGAUGAGGAGAAGCGGGGGGAGCGGGGCGGUCGGGGAGAGACUGUAGCCCCCUCCUCGGCCGGGGGGAGGGUCUGA